AGGAAAAAAAAGGUCAAAGGUUGAGGGUGAGGGGACGAUAGCUAGGGAGGGAAAGAGGAAAAAGGGAAAAAAAGGGAAAUCAACACGCAAAGGGAAACAACAAAGCGUCGACUAUAUUUUGUGGCUUCCCUUCCGUUUUCCCCUUUCUUCCCUUUCCUCCCUUCCUUCCCUUUCCUUCCCUUGCUCCUUCGUCGCACAAGGUAACUUUUCACUCGCAGUCUUUGCACUGUGCUCCGCCCUGCCCGCGCAUGUGAGGCGUUGCGUGCCUGAAGUGAUCUGCGGGGCGCGGCGUGGCGUGAGACAGUGACCCGAAUAUUGAAACGCUUUCUUCUCUCAUCAGUACGAUUUUCAAGGGCCACAGAGAUAAUUGACGGGGUUCUAAAGAGUGUUUCUCUGGUUAUUAAUGUAAAACUCUUGUUAAUCACUAGAACCAUAAAAAAACAUCCUCAAAAACCCGUGUAACUUGAACCACAGCCUUUGAAAAGUAGUCGAGGUGCCGGCGGAAGUGUUUCAGAAUAUGGUCUCGUGACCCUUGUAUUGGAACGACGUGCUCUCUCAUUAGGGUUACUUAUCAAUGACUAUAGAGAUGAUAUGCAAGAUUCUUAUGGGUGUUUUCUUUAAUAAUGAUGCAGAAGUCUUGUUAAACUAUUAUCAUGGCCAUAAAAACACUCUUGAAAUCCCUAACGGCUGCUACUAAAGCGUGUUAAAAUGAACCUUUGAUAAGACACCGAAAGGUUUAAGAAUACGAACACGUACAAACUCGUGUAUGCCUGAAGCUCUUUGUUCUCCCAUCACUGCGAUCCUCAAAGGCCACAGAGUUGAUUAAUCGGACUUUCAUUGAUGUUUUCCAGUAAUGGUGCAGACUUGGCACUAAAACUGUCACUGGAAUUAUAAAAACACCCUUGAAAGCCCCGACAACUUCCAUUAAAGCCUGUUAAAUGUAGAGGAUGAGACACUUGCGAACUGCGUGUCCCCUCCCUCCUCCCACAGUUCGCUGCACGAGUUUCUGCUUACUUUCACCACUGUGCUGUUUCUCUCAAUGCAAGACGUAACCAGUGCCUUCGCACAGUGCAUCCUUGUAUCUUUUCUCCUCCCCUUCCUGCCCCACUCCCUUCCUUCCUCCCUCCCCUCUUCCUUCUUUCGUUGCUUCACUGCUACACCAAUUUAUAAAGGCGUUUUUUAUGAUUCUAGUGACAGAUUAACAACAUUUCUACAUUAAUAACAGGAAAAUACUCUUGAAAAUCCAGCUGAUCAACUCUGGGGCCUUUGGAAAUGUCGUGGUGAGAGAACUCAGCGUCUCUGAAUACGGGGCUGUUUCUGGCGCUGUAGGUAAGGUGUUCGCGGCGUGAGUGACUAGCGGCGCUCCUCAGCCCUGCAGACGUCACGGCCAGCGGAUGACAGGACGCCGCACCGCCAUGCUUGAACACAGCAGCAGAGAGUAACCGUGCGUGUGUAUGUGUGUGUGUGUGUGUGUGUCCUUCAUGAUGGUGGACGCCAGAAACAGCACGGCACAGGCCCACCCAUCCCAAGGUGCCGUAAGCACCCAACGAGGAAAGCCAUCAUCAUCGUCAUCAUCGUUGCCAGCAGAGUAUGAAUGGCCAAGAAUGCAGCGCCCACACCACCACGGUCGUCUGCUGGCUGUUUUCACGGUGGUGGUGUUGUGGUCUGCGGGGCCUGCGGCGGCGGACGGACAGGACGAGGCGGAGGUGGCGGGGCAGCUGCACCUCAGAGUGUCCAGCUUCAUUAACGUGGGAGGGCAGGUGGCGGGAGGCGGGUGCUGCCUCCAGCCUGGACGACCCCUGGCAUGCAGCCCUCUCUGCCGCACCUUUUUCAGAGUGUGCCUGAGCCACGCCCCCCGCAGCGGCCCGGUGAAGAUGGGGGAGCCGAAGACCAGGACGGGGGCAUUAGGGGCGUGUCCCUUGGGCCUGCUGGUGACGCGAGUGGUGGCCAAUGGGAGUCUAGCGGCACGAGAUCAAGGGGUGCUGGACAUGGCCUUUCCUUUCACGCAGCAGUGGCCGGGGGACUUCAAGCUGAUCCUGGAGGCGUGGCAUGACGUGACGGGCCAGCUAUUCAGGGCGCCGCGGCCUGGGAAGGAGAGAGGCGGCCAGCUGAUCGCCCGCCACAUCGCCCACCACCACCAGGAGGGAGGCCGCCCAUGGUCCUUCCACGCCCACGCCAACGCCCACACCGGCCUACGUUAUGCCCUCAAGGUGACCUGCACGGCGCCCCAUCACGGUCCUGACUGCUCCGAGGUGUGUAGGUCUGGCGGGUCUGGCGUGGCGGCGCGACACUGCAACGCCACCACGUGUGAGAACGACUGCCGUGACGAGCUCUGCGCCUCCCCCGGCCACUGCACCUGCCCCGAGGGAUGGACUGGUGCUCUCUGCGAUGCCCCUGUGUGUGGGCCGGGCUGCAGCACCGAACAUGGUUAUUGCGGCGUGCCAGGAGAGUGUAGGUGCGAGGUGGGAUGGUGGGGUGCGCGGUGUGACCUGUGCUUCCCGUACCCCGGCUGCCAACACGGGACAUGCAAGCAGCCGUGGCAAUGCGUGUGUGAUCCAGGCUGGAGCGGCGAUCUGUGCGACACGCGUGAGGCACCGAAGGGAUACAACAGAACAAGGGAGGAUGGCGGGUGGGCAGCAGAGGUGGAGUGUGGCUGUCUCAACGGCGGCACCUGCUUGGAGGCCAAACCGCCCCUCAACUACACGUGCUCCUGCCCUGCUCUCUUCACCGGCCGCCACUGCGACUACCUGGCGCGCCCUUCAUCCCCCCGCAUGAUACUUUCCGGGAGUGGGGCACGCUCUUCCUCGCAGGAGAACGAACAGGAGGGCGAGAGAAAGGAGGAGGAGGAGGAGGAGGAGGAGGAUCCCAAGGCCACGCGACGCCGCUUGUUACAGAAACACGCUCGUAUUUCCUUCAGGCCUGUCAAGUCUGGGUCCGGGGCAGGGAGCGGGGCGGGGCAGACCACCACUGCGCCUCCUGCCGUGGGGGAGAGGAAGCUGCUGCCGCUGCCUGUGGUGCUCCCCCGCGUCACCGAGAUGUCGCCUCCCGCCCUCGUGCCCAGCCUGCGCAAACACAAACCUGUCCUGAAGCAGCCACUCGCUGCCUCGCUCACCACGGGCAGCGCGCAGGAUCCCGCACGCAAGAACUUCAUCCCUAGUGCUCGCGGUGGCAACGUCCCCGCGCGUCCCCGCCUGGUGCAGGUCCUCAACUCCCAGCGGCGCCCCAUCCUCGUGAGCCUUCCUGCAGCGCCACUCACGCUGGUCCCCAACACCCCGCCCACCACGCCCACAGCGUCCCCACCCCACACUGACGCGCCCCUCACCCAUUCCUCGCCUUCCCUCCCGGGCACCACCAGACCCACCACUGCUGAGCCACGAGGACCAAUCAACCUGUACCCGCGGAAGAUCACCACCCCGCCCCCGCCCCCCAUGGCACAGCGCCCCCCGGCCCCUACCACUACCACCACCACCGCCAGAAGCAUCAGCAGUAACAGCAGCAGCAGCAGCAGCAGCAGCAGCAGCAGCAACAGCAACAAAAGCAACACCAGCAGCAGUAGUAGUAGCAGUAGUAGUAGUAGCAGCAGCAGCAGCAGUAGCAGCAGCAGCAGCAUCAGUAGUAGCAGCAGAAGCAGCAGCAGCAGCAACACCCCCAGCGUCACCUCACGCCCUUGGCCCAGAGUGGCGCUGUGGCCCCCAGCACGGCGUCCUGGGGCCAUCCCAAGGCGACAUGUAGUGCAGGAGCCGUCUACCAGACCCAGAGUCGACGUGGGCGCCUUGGCGAGUCGGAUCCGCAGCGCCCCGGGUGAGGGCCACGAGGCCUCGGGAACAGAGAGACUGGAAACACUCCGACCUCUGCCUCGAGAAUUAGAGUCCCAGAGGGCUCUGUCUGGACAGCCAGAUCGCAGGAAUAUCCCGUCGGAUUUCGAAGACUUCCAUAUUCCCGCCGUCACGAACAUUGCAGCAACGUAUUACGAGGAAAACGCGAACGGCCGCGUGCAUAUUGGAGAUGUGAGCAGGGUGGACUCUGCUCCCGCGCGGGAGAUUAUGGACGCUUUCAUAGAGCUGAAGAAAGUGUGACUCACCCCAUUUCGCCUCGCCUCGCCUCGCCUCAGCCGAGGAGGGUCAUUUAGAAAUUACGGGGUUGCUGCUGGCGUGCUCACUAGUGGCGCUGCAAUCUGUAGCAGCGCUGUGCGAACGUAGUCUUGCUGUCAGUAGUGUCGUUGACAGUGCCGGAUUGAGGAGCGCAUGGUGCGCCGCGUGGCCUUGCACAUCCACCCCGGGGCAUGGUGUGCUGUUUUCAGGCGGAAUACAAGCACAAAUUCAGACAAAACAUUCUAAUAUAACUGAUUCAAUGUAGGAAUUUACAAAAUUACUCUUCAGUUACUGUAGCAA